UUCACCUUGGUCUCUAUACGGGACAUAGGCUAUGUUUCUAUGGUAGUAUUUUUGAGUUUGCGCGUGUUGCACGAUGCAAACACGUGUCACGCGUUAAAAAUCACUUUUCGAGGAAGUGCCUGCAUAGCAGAUUGUUAUUUUGUUGUUUCUACGUUAAAAUGGGCGAAAGAGCGCGAAAAAUAUUGGGUUUGCUGCAAGAUAAUGCUGGUACACUUGGUUCCAGCACAAAUAGAAAUACAAGCACAACAAAAUCUAAUAGUGAAAUUGAAGGAAACAACCAAACCGAGUUAACGAAUGAAUUCCAUUUAAUGCCGUUUUAUGUACCGCACGAAACUAAAACAAGUGGCAAUUGUGAGUUUCCUAAUAGCAAUACUCUAACAGAGUUGAAGAAUGUAUUUGAUGGUUGGGAGUACAAUAACGAUAACUCCGAAAAUAAUGAAGAAGGAUUGAAUAAUGAUUCAUCUAAAUCAGAUGAAGACCCAUAUGCUACGGACAGUGAUUCGGAUUAUGUUCCCGAAGAUAUAGUUACGAUGGAAAAGGAAUCGGAUUCUAUAGAAGUUGCACAAAACCAUAACAGUAAUAGCCCUCAAAAAUCUGACAUUGAGGAAGUAAAAAAGUCAAGUACAAAAAGGAAGAGAAAUGAAAAUAUUUGGAAACGGAAUGUAGCGAAAACUCUAAGAAAUAGUGGGAAAUCUUACGUAAACAUAAGAAACAAGGUAGUUCGUGAAAGAAAAUUAAAGAAGAGUUGUUCAGAAAACUGUCGACUGAAAUGCCCACAGAAGAUUUGUGAAAACAUGCGUGAAAAAAUUUUUGCACAGUUUUGGAAAUUAGGUGAUGUUGAUCGACAAAGGGAUUUUAUUGCACGUUUCGUAGAUUUUAAAGAAAAGAAGCGCGUACGUGUCAGAAAUUCGACACCAUCGUCUAAGGAUUUAGACAAAGGAGAACCUGAAAUAUCAAAUACUUCAGAUUUAAGCAGCCGUCGAAGAAUGACAUACUUCUACCACUUCGUUUCAGAAGAAAACAAGCGAGAAAAGGUAUGUCAAACGUUCUUUCUUAAUACCCUAGACAUAAGCCAUCAAGUAGUAAAAACGGUCGCAAACCGACUUUCUGGAGUGGAGAACAAUAAUAUUGUGAUCAGUAAAGAUCAAAGAGGAAAAACCCCAUGUACGAUUCGCCUUACUGAUGAACAAAAAGGUAUCGCAAAAGAUCAUAUUAAUUCAUUUGAGAAAAUUGAAAGUCAUUAUUGCAGAAAAGAUUCAGCAAAGCAAUACUUACAUUCGUCACUAAAUGUUUCUAAAAUGUAUCGAAUGUACUGUGAGUAUUGCGCGAAUAUAAAUAAAGGUCCUAUUCGUGAGUCUGCUUAUCGUGCUAUUUUUAAAAAUGAAUUUAAUUUAGGAUUUCAUAUCCCCAAAAAGGACCAGUGCGAUUUAUGUACGAAUUUUGAACAUUGUGUUGGCAAAGAGAAGGAAGUACUAGAAGCGAAAGUAACUAAACACUUACAAAAUAAGGAUGUUAUAAGGACACAAAAAGAGCUAGAUAAACAACGGGCCAAUUCCGAUCCUAAUUUUUGCGUUUGUGUUUUUGAUUUGCAACAAGUGUUACCAUGUCCAAAAAUUGAAGUAGGCCCGGCAUAUUAUAAGUCAAAGCUAUCAACUUUUAAUUUAACAGUAUUCGAUAUCGGUAAGAAACAGGGAUAUUGUUUUAUGUGGCACGAAGUGAUUGCUGCACGUGGGUCAUGUGAAAUAGGGAGCUGCAUCCUUGCUUUUCUUAAAAGAAAGGCGCUGGAGGAUAAUUGCACAGAAUUUUCAUUCUACGCUGAUAACUGUGCAGGACAAAAUAAAAACAAGUUUUUAUACGUCCUCUUAUUGUAUGCUGCGGUUACUUAUAACUUGAAAAUUACUUUACGUUUUAUGGAGGUAGGGCAUACACAAAACGAAGGCGAUUCAAUGCACAGCGUCAUUGAAAGAUGUGCCAGACGGAUACCAGUUUACACUCCUGCACAAUGGUAUACAAUUGCGAGAGUAGCUUGCAUCAAAAAACCCUAUAUAGUAAAAGAAAUGGAGCAGAAAGAUUUCUUUGAUCUAAAAAACUUGCUCUCAAAAACUACCAAAAAUAUAGAUAAAGAUGUACUGGGAACUCCUGGAGACAGCACGAAAAUAAAGUUUGUGCAAAAUUGGCGUCUGUUGCGUAUAUGCUAAAACAUUUGUCAAAUUCAGUUUCUGUGAAGGUUCUAAAGUGCGUUUAUUAUAGCUUUGCACAUUCUAUCAUUAGUUACGCCAUCAUUGCCUGGGGUCAUUCUACAGCAAUGAAAAGAACGUUUGCCAUGCAAAGGCGCUGUGUGCGGAAUAUUGUAAAUGCUGGCUACAGGGAGGACUGUCGCAAUAUCUUUAAAUCGUUGCAAAUUCUAACAGCUCCAUCACAAUACAUUUUUGACUCAGUUUUGUUCGUUCAUAGAAAUAAAUCAAAUUAUAUAACGCAUAAAAAUGUUCAUUCUUACAAUACUCGGAACAAAAAUCAAAUAUAUAAUGAUAGAUUACGAUUAAAAACGUCGCAAGCGGCACAUAAUUAUUGGGGCCCUGUGUUGUAUAACCGUUUACCUUCUUGUUUCCAAUCUCUAAAUGAACAACUCUUUUCCAAGAAACUUAAAACUUUUUUACGCGAAAAUCCAAUAUAUAACAUCCAAGAGUUUUUAGAUAACGACCUCAAGACUUUAACGCCUUAAGUUUUUUUUGUUGUUGUUUGUAUUUUUUUUUGUUUGUUUGUUUGGUUUAAUUGUUUUAUUUCUAAAUGAUUUUUCAUGUUAUUUAAUAUUGUUCUAUAUGUCUCAUGUAUUUUAUGUGUUUUAUGUGUUAUACGAUUUCGACGGACGAGUGUAAGCAUUUUUUAAAUGUAUUAACACAAUAAAUUACUUACUUAC